CAACAAAAAAAAAUGAAACGAAUCCAGGAAAUCCAGCAAAACCUGGAGCGACUAGCAGAAAUGGAUGAGCACUUGGAGCAAUGUGAAGAGUGGAAUGUGGUGGCUCAGGAAAUUGUGCAAAAAUUGAGCACAAUUCGGAAGGAAGUUGAAAGAAGUGCCGCGCCUACACCGCUUCUGCUCACUCCGCCGGGUUCCUGUGGCUCGGGGAGCAUUUAUUCCGACAUAUCAUCCGAAAUGACAAACGUCUACACAGAAGCCGUCGAAGCCUAUGACCAACAAAUUUACUCAAGAUGUGUUCGACUGGUGGAGGGCGCAAAUAGAGAGUCUCCAGUUGAUAUGUGCCUAAUCUCCCUUGCCCACCACUCCUACGCAGAAAUGGUGAACGCGGCAAGUGGCUCAGACGAUGCUAUGAAAUUUGCAAAAUGGUGGGCAGAAUUUCUGGAUUCCGUUGAAGCUGGACGAGGUCACAGUGAGAAAAUCGAGCUGCUCGACUAUGAAGCAGUGGCCUAUGAGAAAAUUGUAAAAUUAGGAGGGGUUGCAGACGUUGAGAAGCUUAUUGAGGUGGUUGUCAGGAGUUAUGAGAUGGUAACGCUUCUCAACCGUCCAUAUCACAUACUAUCCUUGCAAAAGCUCUUCCGUCUGACAAAUGUGCUCAGUUCUUCCGAAGUUGACUUGGAAUCCGACGCAUUUUCCUCGGCGAAAACUGUCGUUCUAACCGGAAUUCAAAAUGUUCUUCGCGAUCGGAAGAAAUUCGCACAACUUGGAAAGUUCAAUGAGCAUAACAUGAAAAUAGCAAUGCGACGAACUGCUCAACCAGAUUUUCGAGUUCGAUAUUGUGAAAAACGAUGAGAAUUCCAAUUCGUGCCGCCAAUUCUCAAUGUCACCGAUUCCUGGGCUUAAUGAUAUUGUUAUGAGACUUUGAAUUGCCUGAUAAAUACUUUGUCGAAUGA